AUGGCCAUUUGUGGCCACAAGGACAUUCCACCCUCAUGUCCAUCCAAAGAUGAACCGAUGGGUGAGAAAAUCUUUGCUCAGUUUCUUGAGCUUGAUGUGUCUUUUAUCGCAGGUGGCACCAAAUAUGAAUUUGCGGCAUGCCUUCAGGGUGAAUCAAACCACAACCACUUACCUUGCGGACAUGACCUGCUGCGGGCCACUAGCGUUCUCUUUGCACAGCUGGCAUUUUGGCUUGAUAAGGCUCGUAGGUUCGUUGAAGCGGCCAUCAGCCAUGGCGGAGCAUGCAAAGCUAGGAGUGCGACUGAACAGGAUGGGUUGCGUGGAUGGGAGGAAAAUCCUGGAAAAUCCAUACGCAUCCGACAACAAUCCAAGAUAUUGGAAGAAGACUUUGUAGUGAUUGUGGACAUGAACGAAGAUCGCAUCAAGCGCUGGAACAGCGAUGAACUGCCGAUCUAUGAACCCGGUCUGAUGGAAGUGGUGAAGGCUCUUCUGGCGGAUGGAAAACAGGCAUGCCGUGGCAAGAAUCUGUUCUUCUCGACCGAUGUGAAGAAAGGAAUCGGUGUGGGGAAAGGACGCGCAGCAGAUCUGCGAUUCAUCGAAAGUGUGGGCCGCACCAUCGCGCAAUACGCCAACCGCAGCAAGAUUGUGAUUGAGAAAUCCACCGUGCCCAUCAAGACAGCUGAAGCCAUUGCCCGUGUGUUGUCAGCCAAUGAAGCUGCCGCAGGCGGCAGUAAGAACUUUUGGAUCUUGUCGAACCCUGAGUUCCUAGCAGAGGGCACAGCCAUGAAGGACUUGGACGCACCAGAUCGAGUGCUGAUUGGUGGACAAGAUCAGGAUGCAAUUCAGGUGCUGGCCGAUGUCUAUGCCAACUGGGUCCCAAGGGAUCGAAUCCUGACCACCAACCUGUGGAGUUCGGAGCUGUCGAAAUUGGUUGCCAACGCUAUGUUGGCCCAACGUGUCAGCAGCAUCAAUUCCAUCUCUAGGUUGUGUGAGCGAACUGGAGCGGAUGUGAAGGAGGUGGCCCGUGCCAUUGGCACAGAUUCCCGGAUUGGGCCAAAGUUCCUCAAUGCUUCAGUGGGCUUUGGUGGAUCUUGCUUCCAGAAGGACAUCCUGAAUUUGGUCUACAUCUGCCAGCAGUUUGGCCUAGAGGAGUGCGCUGCAUAUUGGCAGCAGGUGGUGGACAUGAACGACUAUCAGAAGAUAGCCUUCACUAGCAAGAUCAUCCAGUCUCUCUUCAACACAGUGACCAAGAAGAAAAUCGCCGUUCUUGGCUUCGCCUUUAAAAAGGACACAGGUGACGUGCGCGAGACUCCGGCCUUGAUGGUCUGUGAUAUGCUGAUGAAGGAUGGCGCCAUUGUGCAUGUCUAUGACCCCAAGGUGGUCAUAGAAGAUGCCUUGACAGAGUUCAAGUAUCAUGACCUGGAAGUCAAUAAGAAUCAACUUAUCUUCUCCAAGAGUCCACAGGAGGCUUGUGAUGGUGCGCAUGCUAUCGUCGUCGUGACAGAAUGGGACGAAUUCAAGACCUAUGACUACAAGAGCUUAUACGACAAGAUGAUGAAACCAGCAUUCCUCUUUGAUGGCCGCAACAUGUUGGAUCAUGCAGCCCUGGUGGACAUCGGAUUUGAAGUGCACGCGCUCGGCAAGGGACAGAUCAAGAGUUCCGGAGGUCAGUCACAGAUCCCAGACUUUGUGACCAGAGCUGGAAGUGGUCUCCUGUCUGGUGGCUAUUCUCCAUAG